AUGAAUCGCUUGUUACAUCCGAUCUGUCGCUCUUCCUCGGCGCUUCGAUUAACUGCCCCGCACGGUCGAAAAAUCUUCCUUCCAAUUGCUAUGGCGCAACUCUCAACUGACGCCCUGGCUCGUGCCUCGGCAGUCAUUGGCAGCAGUGACAAGAAGCCCACAGCCUGGCACGGGGCUGGAGCUGCUGAGUUUGACCUCCGAAGCGAUACAAUGACGAAGCCUACACCGUCGAUGCUCGAAGCGAUCUGCCAAACGACUCUUCUGGAUGAUGUCUUCAAUGAGGAUCCAGUCACCAACGAGCUUCAAAGCUAUGUCGCUGAGAUCACCAAACAUGAGGAAAGUCUGUUGGUCCUUUCCGGUACCAUGGGAAACCAGGUGUCCAUUCGUUCGCAUCUUGCGCAGCCACCGCAUUCAGUAUUGUGUGAUCAUAGAUCGCACAUCAUCUGUUAUGAGGCCGGUGGCGUAAGCGCUUGGACUGGCGCCACCGUGACCCCUGUUAUUCCCAAAAAUGGGGUGCAUUUGACUUUGGAAGAUAUCAAAAAGCAUGCAGUUCUUGGUGAUAAUAUUCAUUAUUGCCCGACCAAGUUGAUCAGUUUGGAGAAUACCCUCGAUGGGAUGAUCAUGCCGCUCGCUGAGGCGAAGCGGAUUGUGGAAUGGGCCCAUGCUAAUGACAUCAAGGUUCACUUAGACGGUGCCCGGCUGUGGGAGGCCGUCGUGGCCGGUGCUGGGAGCUUGCCUGAAUAUACAAGCCUUUUCGAUAGUGUUAGUCUUUGCUUCUCGAAGGGGCUGGGGGCACCCAUUGGAAGUAUCAUUGUCGGCUCCCAAGAGUUUAUAAAGAAAGCGCGCUGGUUCCGCAAAUCUAUCGGCGGCGGUGCCCGACAGACGGGCGUGAUUGCAGCUGCGGCCCGCGUUGCGCUGACCGAAACUUUUGGCACGGACCCAAAAGGCCAGUCCGGAAAGCUUACAGCAACUCAUAAAAUGGCGAAACGGGUAGCCGAUCUGUGGACCAGUCGCGGUGGCAAGCUGGAGUACCCUCUGCACACCAAUAUGGUUUGGUUGGACCUCGAGGCGUCAGGAGUGGGGCCGAAUGACCUGGCAGAGAUUGGAGAGCAAAAGGGGCUGAGAUUGUUGGGUGGCCGCGUUGUGAUCCAUUACCAGGUAUCGGACGAAGCUCUCGCACGGCUAGAACAAGUCUUCGAUAUUGCACUGAAGGGUGAUUUCAAACGGAGCGAAGACAUUAGCAAGCCAUACGGAAGUAAAUAG